UUUGAAAGAAGCUUAAGAGAAUAUUGUUGUUGAUUAUUCUAUGUCCAACAUUUCGUUGGAUUGUAUCACAACGACCAGAGAUGGAUAGAAACAAUGCUUGAUAGGGAACAACAGCUGGAGAGUUUCUAUCAACAAGCUUCCAAUCAACUCGUGGAUUUUCAACCUUUGUUUCAAGCGGCAACUCUUUAUGAGCAAACGAAUCAGCACCUCAGCCUAGAAGAGUGUUGCGCAAAGUUAUCCAUCCACUUGCACACAAUAGAAGAACAAUUGUACGACAAAAUAUGGAAUUCACAGAAAGAAUUUAUGGAAACUAUUCAGGAAAUAAGAGAAUUGCAACAACAACUCUUACAACUUUCUUCCCAGUUGAAGGACACCAAACAAAACUUGUCUUUAGUUGCAAAACAAACUUACCUCAACGGAGACGACAUCAUCAGUUUAGAAAGAAGAAGAAAGUUUUUGAGAAGAAUACAAAACUCUCUAGUAGACGCCCAAAGUCUAAUACAAAUAAGUAUUCUUGCAGAAGUGGCUCUCAAAAAGGAUCACCUCGCCGAGUGUCACAACUUGUGCAAGCAAUUUGAGUCUAUCCUUCUUGGUGUGAGAAAGGAUAGAGGAGACUUGACAAAAUUGUCUUGUUUAAGGAGUUUGAGGGAUAGAAUUACAAAGGUCGCAGUGGAGUGUGUGAAGCGAAUGCACAGAAACUUGCGCAGUCUAUGUACAAAACUAACGAAGGACGAUUUUUGGACUAUUUUUAUUGCUUAUGAGGAGUUUGAUGCUGCCGAAGCCUUAGCUUUGAGACUCAAUGAAGAAUAUAGUCGUGCUCUUGCUGAUGUUCCUGCACAAUUCGAAAUGAAAUAUGCAGAAGAGAAAACAAAGGAGAGACAUUUUAGUUCUCUUUUGAUUGGUUUUCAGUUAUUUAGUGAUAUUCUAGUCAGUUUUCAUUCUCUAGUGGCAUAUUUAAGUCACCUUUCCAGAAACCAUGAUGUUGCCCAACAAUAUGACAGUCAACAAGAGCGAGAUGACCAACAACCACAAGAAAAACAAGGCAUGCAAAAUCCCAUUCGAAAACAAGUGCUUAGGCAAGAAUUUGUAAAGAAUAUCCUUUCCCAUUUGAUAUCUAAAGUAGAUUUUUGGGAGUUAUUACAAGAUAGAGUUGUAAAAUGGAUUCAAGAGAUGGAAAAGGAAAACUUGCUUAUUGCCAUUUCUACCAUGCAUAUGAUUUAUAAUACCGCCAACCUAUUUCAACUGUUAGGUGAAGUUUUUACGAGUACAUCAGAAAAUGGCAGUCUCUCACAGUCAUUCUCUUCUAUUCCACAUGACCCAUCGAAUGUAACUUCCUCAUCCAAAACCGUAGUAAAGGUGACCGAACAAAAACUACAAAAGAGUUUUGAACACCAACAUGAAGAAAAUAUUCAGAUUUUUAGAAGGAAUCUUUUUCAGGAAACAUGGCAGCGUAUAAAUAUUGAAGCAGCAGACUUCAUGACCUUCUUAUCCAAGUUUGAAGAUUUAGCAAAUGAUUCCACUUUUCACGAGAAGAAAGAACUGGAAGAAUGUGUUUCGAAACUUUUGAAUGAAGAGACCAAUCCCCUAAGAGUUUUGAAUCUGGAUUGUAUUUAUUCUACCUCCAUCGAACAUGAGGAGAACAAACAUCGUUCGAUAUCUUUUGACUCGGAAUCCUACUUAUUUGUAUCCAGUUGUUUGAUUCUUUUAAAUAUUGUGAAGCGAUAUCUAGAAUUGGCUUUGUCUAUUCCUUGUCUGAGAGUUUCUAUUUUAUUGGCAGUUGGCCAUUUGUUACAACUCUAUUUUUGCCAUGUUUAUUUCGUUUGUAAUUCUGUUUGUCAUCGAACGGAACCAGAAUUGGAAAAAGAAGAGAGAGGAAGAGAACUUGAUUUGGAGGAUUUUCUUCAUUCCAAAGAUCGUGCCCUUCUUGGACAGUUACGACAAACGGAAGAUAUGUCUUGUCCAUCUUUAUCGAACAACUCAAACAUUUCUAUAUGCGAUGCUUGUGUUGCAGUAGAAUCAUGGAAAAGUCUAGCAGAUUUGUUCUCGCAUUGCUUACAACUUUUGGAAACAUCGUCCCAUUGGACAAUCUCAUCAAGACAAAGCAUUCUGCGCAGUUGGAAUGCUGUUUUUACUUUGACUGUUCCUAUUCGGUCAGCAGUGUAUGACUGCAUAGCUGCUCAGAUCAUUGAAGCUCGUCGAUUUAUCCAAGAAAUAGCCAAUAAUAAUUAUAGUCUACAUGCAUCCCAUUCCAUUUUUCAAACAGAUAACAUCGCGUUACUAGACCAACCUUCUACUGCCAUUUCUCGAGUAUUACAGAAUAUAGAGAAAUGGAGAGAAAGCGAAUCGAUGCUUCCCAAUACUUGUUUGAAACUAUGGGAGAGAAUUGCUGUCACCUGUUGUCAUACAUUUGUGAUAGGAGUGUCCAAAGUAAAACAUUGUACUCCUGAAGGAAGGGCAAGAAUGUUGGUAGAUUUACGGCAUUUGGAACGUGGUUUAGAGUCAUUAACUGGUUUGCGACCCAUUCCAGGAGCACAACGAGCAGCAUCCCAUAUUCGAGCCUACUUUUUGGAUGAAAGAGAAAUUCUUUCUUGGGUAGAAAAGGAAGCUUCGAAACUAUUCUUUACAGACGCUCAACUGGAGACUUUGAUAGAAACAGGUCCAGGAAGAAACUUGUCGCGAUCAGCCAAAAAUAGUUUGAUACAAAAUGUAUUAAGAAUAUAUCAUCAAUGCAAACAAAAUGACCUCAGUUCUCCUGCUGAUAGUAGUAAGUACACACAUAGUGAUUCGCAAUCUAUUGCAAGUAAAAGCAAUGAUCACUCUCAAGAUGAACCAGCGACAGAUGAUGCUGUUCCUAUGGAUAAUAUAUUUGGACAAGAUAUCUGAAGAGAAAUACCUGAUAAGUGGACAAAC